AUGGCACAUUUCCAACACUUGCAGAGCUUGACUCUUGUAGGUGAUAUCGACAAUGGAACAGGUGAUAUCACAGCAGAAGUGGAAGUAAACGGUCAACUACCCUUCCUCGACCUGCUGGUGAUAAGACAGGAAGAUGGCAGCGUCAAAACUGAUUGGUACGCAAAACCAAUUUCGUCAGGUCGAAUUUUGAAUUACUUUUCGUUUCAUUCAACCGACCAAAAACUUGCGGUGGUAAACAACUUCAUUGACCGGGUCCGCAGUUUGAGCACCAUCCGCACUAGAGAACAACAAGAUCAGCUGAUCCACCAACACCUACACAAAAACGAUUACCCCCACACCCUCAUCAACCGACUGCUACAUCAACCACGACGAUCCGAGAAUACAGACAAACCGGCUGUCUAUCGAUCGAUUCCGUACAUCCACGGUCUAACACCGGCAAUUAAAAAGAUCAUCAGCAACAGUGGGCUGGUUAUGGGCAUCUCUCACAGCAACAAAAACACUGUCGGGAAUUUGUACAGAAGCGCCAAGGACCCCAUACCGGCGCUCAACAAAAACAACGCUAUAUACAGAAUUGACUGUAGAGACUGUCCCAGUACCUACAUCGGGAUGACCACCAACAAGCUGCGCACUCGCAUGUAUGGCCACCAAACCCACGUCAACACUCUCGAAGCCAGAUUAGCAGAAGGUUACCAAUACACUGAUCCGGAAAUCCAGCAGCUGCAAGAGAAAUCGGCACUGAUGGACCACUGCAUCAACCACCAACACCGCUUCAACAUCCAACAACCCACCAUUGUCGAUAUCACCUACAAGAGUCAAGCUCUGCAAGUGUUGGAAAUGUGCCAUAUAGCGACGACUUACAACACGGUCAAUCAUCGGACAGACACCGACAACUUAAGCUGUGCGUACGCAAAUCUACUCUCGACGAUCAAAAACCGAAGAGAAGAGAGAAAUGCGUCGUCUACCACUAACCGAUAUCGACAAAAUACAAACGAUCUAACCACCCAACUAACACAAACAAAUCCGAUCACCCUGACACCGCCAACUAUUAACACCCCACAGUAAUCCCAUCCCGGCCAGCACGAACAGAAGUGUUCCCAAAGUGCCAAGUGUUGUGACUCGAACUGUGUACCCACCCACCAUUUCAAUCGAGGUGCUAGGGUCCAAGUAUGAUCGAAUGUAAUUUGAACCCAUAUCUAGAAUAACCAAAUUUUCCAAUCGCAGUGAAACAAGUGCGGUGCAGAGAAGAAAACGACAUUCCGCCGUGUGAUCAACACGAAUUGAUAACAAGUUGAUUCACAUCGAGCCCUGAUGAAGAUCCCAACCACAGGAUCGAAACGUUGGCAAUGAUCUAAAAUAAUCAACGCUUUUCUGUGACUGAAAGCCGAAAAUACCA